CAGCACAUUAUAGACUACACCUGACCUGCAGCCUGACGGGAGGAAGACCAUUAAUACAUAAAGGAACUUUCCUCUUGCUUUUCGGGUUGUUUUCAAUCCGCUCUUAGCAGCAUGUUUAUUUUAAAAUUCGGGCAUCAAAUAAAGUCACGUUAUUGAUUCGCAAACAGCAGAUGGCGGUGAGUUAAAGUGUGUUCGUACAGGACAAGGUGUUUUUCUUCACCUUUCUUCACAGCAACUGCGGACGAGAAAACUUCAUUACCGGCGGCGGACCUUCUAUUUUUCCAUCUUACAUUUUGUCAAACAUAAUCCUGCCACCUCCUCCUCCAACAAUCUUAAAACAACAGCCACCGCGGAGACAAGACUACAGCCUGCCUGCCGGCGGUCAAAGGGAAUCAAAAUAACAAUUUAGCACCCAGCAGUACCGGAUUGGACCCUCACAAGGAUGCUACUCCGGCACAGACACCACUAGACGCUCCAAACAGCCGCUGCCAACAUGUUCAGGCGAGGUUAUGGCGGGGUGGAGUUACUGUUGGUGCUGUGUGGCCUGGAUCUCUCUAUGCCUUGCCCUCGUCAUUGCAUCUGCUACACCUCACCUAGCACUGUCUCCUGCCAAGCCCACAACUUCCAUGCUGUGCCUGAGGGCAUCCCAGCGCAGAGCGAAAGAGUCUUUCUGCAAAAUAACAAGAUCCAGCGGCUGCUCCGCGGCCACUUCUCGCCCACCACCACCAUGUUGUGGCUUUACUCCAACAACAUCUCCUACAUACAACCCUCCACCUUCCACGGCUUUGACCGCCUGGAGGAGCUCGACCUCGGGGACAACCGGCACCUGCAGGCCGUCGCCUCCGACACCUUCCUGGGCCUGGGCAAGCUCCACGCCCUGCACCUGUACCACUGCGGUCUGAUCACCCUGCCUCCAGGGAUCUUUGCGGGCCUCAAUAAUCUCCAAUAUCUCUACCUACAGGACAACCAGUUAGAGUUCCUGGAGGACGAUCUGUUCAUCGACCUCCUGAACCUCAGUCAUCUCUUCCUGCAUGGCAAUAAACUCUGGAGCCUUCGUCAGAAUACUUUUCGUGGUCUGGGGGUCUUAGACCGCCUGCUUCUCCACCAGAACAGAAUCCAGUGGGUCGACCGUCAGGCUUUCCAUGACCUGCGCCGCCUCACCACCCUUUACCUGUUUAACAACUCCCUGACCGAGCUCUCCGGAUCCAGCCUGACUCUACUGCCGGCGCUAGAGUACCUUCGACUUAACGACAACCCCUGGGAGUGUGACUGCAAGGCGCUGUCACUUUGGGAUUGGCUGCGGAGGUUCAGAGGCUCCACCUCCUCUCUGAUGUGCGUUUCACCACCAGAGCUGGCAGAUAAGGACCUGAAAACGCUGAAGAAAGAGGAGCUGCCCAGUUGCCUGUCCACCGAGGGUCACGCACAUGGCGGGCCGGGUAGAGAGAUGGAGAACGGAGAGUCAUUGAACCACCUGAAUCGCCACAGAAACCAUCACAACCACCACCAGCGUCCGUACCUGCCCCAUGGGGAUCAGUACAACUUACCUACACCCUCCCCACUGCCACGGCCACCUAAGGGAAGCCGCAGAAACUGUACCCGCCGGGGCCGCAAGGCAAAAGGGGGGCUCAAUGAGGUGCAAGUACUACAGGAGGUGGGUGAGAAAGACUAUACUCCAGACGAUGGUAAAUAUGACCUGUCUGGAAAUGGAAGGAGGAAGAACAAGUGCAUCCCCAGAACUUCUGUCGGCCCACCAAGUGGGGUCCAGAGAGCCAAUAAUAAAGCAGGGUCACAGUUUGCAGAUUACAUUUUCUGUUUAACAUCUGCUCUGUUGCUGUCACUCAUCCCUGUCAUCCUACGCUGAGACAGGAAAUGGACACUUUUGUGCCGGUGAUGCAACGUUAUGAUUCAUUCUCCUGAACCACCCUGCCCUGGCUCUUUAACUGAGGCAUGUGUGCAUUUCUGUGUGUGUACAUACCAUUAUAAAGUACCUACUGUCGAAGUAUCCCUGUGGUAUCAAAAGGCAGGAAUCUUAAUCAAAGUCAUAAUCAAAACAUGGAAGUCAGGGAGAACAAUUUAGCCCAUUUCUUUGAUGAUGUCACCGAGAGAAACAUCAGGAAAUCUUUACAUUUGUCUCUGCGGCAUAAAUGGCUUCCCUGAAGUCCUAAACUUGUGAAAGCUGUACAGACACAUAAAAUAACAAGCCAAUGAUUCAUUCAAGUAACAGCGAGAAGAACGCACAAUAAGGAUCAGAACAGUGCACGGCUCAGUCUCUAUCUUUAGCCCUCUAACACAAAAUGCUCCCUCCAUCUGUCACUCAUGUUGAGACAAAGACCAUCAUUAAUAUCUGUCACACUGCUCACUCAACAGCACCUUUUGAUCCAGAAACACAAUGCUGCAGACACAAGUGGCAGCAAAAUGAGUCAUCUUAGAUGCAUUAAUAAAUACUUUCACAAAAUAUCUGAUAAAAAGGGUUUUAUUUGCAUGUCUCACAGGAAGGUGAUCCUGCAACAUAUUAUCGCACAAAUGUAUCCUUGCCUUUUUCUCUAAACUAACACUGGAGCUGUGAACAGCGUAUUCCACUGAUAUUUCUUCAAUCUAGUCGUAUUUGUUGUUCAUCCAACCCAUCAACUUAAAAGCCAUUCAUUAUAAGAGCCAAGCGAUCAAAGUCAGUGUAAAUGAGUGAAUGAAAGUCUGUGUCACUGUUUUUAAGAGUGUGUCUACUAAGAAAAAAGAAAACUCUAAAGCCAUGCGGGUAGAACGACACUAGAUAAGAGUGCCUAAUUAGAGCCAGUGGCCAACAUGGACAAACCAUGGGAGUAGAAGAUGGUUGGUUCACUCUUCGACCUAACGGCAAUGAAACAGAGGCUUCAACGAGCCUGGAGGGUCAACACAUGCAGGUCAAGGAAAAUCUGAAGACAGGGCCUGGCUCACAAAAAAUGAUGUACUUUGUUCUGUAAUUCUGUGGAGAAUUAUUGGAAAAAAUAUAUAAAUCUUUGAAGCAAUGAUGAUUCAAUCCAAAUAAACACAGGAGGGUUUGGAAUGCUAGAAAAAAAAGCCAUCAGGAAGGAGUGAUGACCAACACAAUAUCUCCUGUAAUGAUCUAAACACCUGCUUUACUGGAAAACAAAAGCAGUUCUGUGAUGUUCCCACAGUACAAAAGGGACUGACAAACCUCUGCUGCAUUCCCUGGAAUUGUUCUUAUGGUGUGUUCAGGGUGCUUCAAAACAGACGGACUUGAGGAUCUGUAAGCCCUGAUUGGAGAGUUGGAUAUUUAUGCUGCUAUGUCCGGCAAAGUGGGAACUUUCUGUCGCUUGGGAUUGUUCUUCAGGAAAUAACAAGGACAGAGAGGACUAUGGGACAUUGAGCGUUUCAAGCACACAAACAACCCUAACAAAGCCCGGUCACCUUCACAGCCUGCCUGUCACAAAUUUAUAACCUCUGUCAGUCCGGGGCUUUCAAAUCCCAGAGUAGAGCACCACAGGUUUGACUUUAGACCUGAACUACUUCAGAGUCACCCACCCAAAGUCUCAAAUGCACAACUACAAUGAGGUGAACCUGUACAGAAACACACGGGCCCCCGGGUACCUUAACUAGCCAGUAAUGCUAAAAGUCUUUAUUUCCUAUAGCAUUGCAAUGUUAUAUUUUCAGAAUGAUGCCUGUAUGCAAAGAAUGACCUAGCUGUAAAAAGCUAAAAUCAUGACAUGCUGACAAAAAGCACAAGAAAUUAAUAGUGUGGUUCUGCGGGCAACCUUAAAGUGUUUGGUCUGGAUGGGAAUCGGAGAGAAGGGGCCACAUUCCCUGCUUGUGUGUUUCCUGCUGAGCCCUGCCUUUUCAUGUCUAUCUAUUUAGAUGUUGGGGACAAACAGAGGCCUGUCACUGGUGUCAUCUUCCUGACAUGUAGGAUUAGAGACCCCUUCUGGUAAACUUGUUUGUGCUGCUGUGAACCCAGAGGUGAUGUAAAUUGUGUCUGUUUAUUCCUGUGAGGAUUUUUUUGUAAAAAAAAAACAAAGAAAGAAAAAAAGAGAGAAAUUCUCUGUUGUGUCUCGGUAGUUCCCUAAAAAAUAAACAGGGAGCCAGGGGCUGGGACUUUUUUUUAUUUAAUACGAUUAUUAUCAUAUAUUUUUUUCAGUUCUGUCUUUUAUUCUGCUGACUCAUUCAAGAUAAACGGUUAUCUGCACUGUCCCCCUCCUGCGCCUCCUCUUUUCUUUUCUCCUGGUCGACCCCUCGCUUUUUUCCCUUCCUCAUCCUCUCCUCCUCCCUCCUUUUCCAUAUGCUUUUUUUUCUUCCACCCUCAUUGCUCCCUCCUUCCCCCACUCCUCCUUAUUCUUCUCCUCUCCUCUCUUCCUUUGUGUAACCCAAAUGUUUUGUAUGUGGUUAUCAAACAAUG